AUGGCAUUUGGACUUGGUGCUUUUUGCCUGCUACUAUGGGCAAUAACAGGUUCCUAUUGCGAGCAGUGCAGAGAAGGAGCCACGUAUUCAAGUGCAGUAAUAUCUCCCAACUUAGAAACCACUAAAAUUAUGCGAGUUCCUCAUGCUACAUCAGUGUCUGAAUGCAUCACGGCGUGUUGUGACCUCUCUGGUUGUGACUUGUCCUGGAUGUUUGAACGGCGCUGUUACGUUGUGAACUGCCAGCACAAAGAGAACUGCGAACCUAAAACAAUUGAGACAGUAAAGUCCUAUCUAACAUUUGUGCUGAGACCUUCUCAGAGGCCAGCCUCACUGCUGGGAUUUGGGCAGAUGAUCCCAAGCAUCGUGCACUCUGUGGGACGUCAGAAAGAGCCAUCUGAGGAAGUGUCUUUUCUUGGCAAAGAACUCAGCCUUGAGGAGAUACCUGAAUACAUAGAUGAUUAUAAAGAUUUGGAGCAGGACCCCUUUCAGGUGAGCCUCAGACACGAUCAGAAGGAGAGCACGGAUUAUGCUGACUGGGGCCUGAUGGUAGCAGGUGAAAAUGGCUUCAACACUUCAGUCAGCGACAAUGGAGAAAACCAGGAAGAGGAAGCUGGAAAGGUCGAAAGCCUUCUAAGUAAAAACACAUCUGAAUUGAGUUCUGUCAGUGAGCACUCCACAGAGAGGCUGUCUUCUCUCCCAGAGAUUACACCAUUCCCUGGGAAGACAUAUGAAAGCAGAGCAGCUGUUGAGAUGCUUACACAACCUGCCGAUGCUUUGCAAGAAAAGGUUCCUUCUUAUUCCCCUCCAUCAGACAAACUGGAAUUCUCCCUAGAUGUGUCAAACAAAGCCCAGACUCCUACAGUGGCACCAGACAAUGUGACUGAACAUGGAAUCAUGAUGCUUCCCAGUAAUACUGUGCCAUCUGAACCCCUGCAGCAAUUUACACCUCCUGCUACGGCUGCCAAAGCAGAUACAGUAAAAGAACUUAUUGUGUCUGCUGGAGAUAACAUACAAGUGAUGCUACCCAAAAAUGAGGUUGAACUGAAUGCUUUUGUUGUCCCACCACCACCAACAGAAACAUCCUAUAACUAUGAGUGGAGAUUAAUUAGUCACCCUGCUGACUAUGGUGGUGAAAUGGAGCGCAGGUACACCCGGACACUGAAGCUCUCUCAUCUGUCGGUGGGACUUUACGCCUUCAAAGUGACAGUUUCUGGUGAAAAUGCCUUUGGUGAAGGUUUUGUAAAUGUCACUGUCAAACCAGCAAUCAGAAUUAACCAGCCACCUGUUGCUGUUGCUUCACCCAAAGUACAAGAAGUUUCUUUGCCUACAACUUCUACCUUCAUUGAUGGCAGUCAAAGUACAGAUGAUAUGAAGAUCGUGAGUUACCACUGGGAGGAAAUUAAAGGUCCUUUGCGGGAGCAGAAAGCAUCUGCUGACACACCUGUCUUGCACUUGUCUAACCUUGUUGUUGGAAAUUACACUUUCAGACUCACUGUGAUUGAUUCAGACGGAGCAGCCAACUCCACAAUUGCUUCUCUGAGUGUCAACAAACCAGUGGAUUACCCGCCUAUUGCAAAUGCAGGACCUAAUCAGGCAGUCACUUUGCCCCAGAACUUCAUCACGUUGAAUGGAAACCAGAGCAGUGAUGACCAUGAAAUUGUCAGCUAUGAGUGGUCACUCAGUCCCAGAAGCAAAGACAAGGUUGUAGCAAUGCAGGGAGUGCGGACUCCAUACCUCCAGCUAUCUGCAAUGCAGGAAGGAGAUUAUACCUUUCAGCUCACUGUCACAGAUUCAGCAAGGCAGCAGUCCACUGCUGAGGUCACUCUGAUAGUACAGCCUGAAAAUAACAGCCCUCCAGUAGCAGUGGCUGGCCCUGACAAGGAAUUGACGUUCCCAGUAGAAAGUACUACACUGGAUGGAAGCAGAAGCCAAGAUGACCAAGGCAUUGUCCUCUAUCAUUGGGAAAAUAUCAGUGGGCCAAGCUACGUGCAGAUGGAAAAUGGUGACAAAGCAAUAGCAACUGUGUCUGGUCUUCAGGUUGGCACCUAUCGCUUCAGACUGACAGUUCAAGACCAGCAGGGGUUAAGCAGUGCGUGUGUGCUGUCUAUUACUGUGAAGGAAGAAAACAACAGUCCACCCCGGGCACAUGCUGGUGGGAAGCAUGUUCUGGUGCUUCCCAAUAACUCUGUUACCUUGGAUGGCUCAAGAUCUGCUGAUGACCAAGGGAUUGUGUCAUAUCUGUGGAUUCGGGAUGGUCAAAGCCCAGCAGCUGGGGAUGUGAUCCUUGGCUCAGACCACGAAGCAGUAUUGCAGCUAACAAAUCUGGUGGAAGGAAUCUAUAUUUUUCACUUGCAAGUGACAGAUGCCAAAGGAGAUUCAGAUAUUGACUCUGCUACUGUUGAAGUGCGGCCUGAUCCCAAAAAGAAUGGUCUGGUGGAGCUGAUUCUGCAAGUUGAGGUGGGACAGCUGAGUGAACAGCAGAAGGACACACUGGUGAGACAACUAGCUGUAUUGCUGAAUGUCUUGGAUUCAGAUAUCAAAGUUCAGAAGAUACAAGCAUUCUCAGAUAUAAGCACUGCAGUUGUGUUUUACGUGCAGAAUGGGCAUCCUUCCAAGGUGAUCAAGGCAUCAGAUGUGUCUCGAACUCUGCACGUGCAGCUUCUGAAAGAGAAGGCUGACUUUCUGCUUUUUAAAGUCCUGCGAGUUGACACAGCUGCAUGUCUUUUAAAAUGCUCUGGACAUGGACAUUGUGAUCCUAUAACAAAGCGCUGUAUUUGCUACCAGCUGUGGAUGGAAAACUUAAUUAAUCGUUAUCUAAAUGAUGGUGAGAGUAACUGUGAGUGGAGUAUACUCUAUGUGACUCUGUCUGCUUUCAUUACGAUUGUGGUCUUGAUAGGGUUUGCUUGGUUCUGCAUCUGCUGCUGUAAAAGCAGAAAGAGGACUAAGAUAAGAAAGAAAACAAAAUAUACCAUCCUAGAUAAUAUAGAUGAGCAGGAAAGAAUGGAGCUACGACCCAAAUAUGGCAUAAAACACAGAAGUACAGAACACAACUCCAGCCUGAUGGUUUCUGAAUCAGAGUUUGACAGUGAUCAGGACACUAUCUUCAGUCGAGAAAGGAUUGAAAGAGAGAAUCCUAAAACCCUUAUGAACGGAUCAAUCAGAAAUGGUGUUUCCUUCAACUACAGCUCCAAAGACAGAUAACUGAACGAGGGUAAAAGCACAGAACACACUGGCCCAACGCAUCUAAAACGUGUUGACUAGCCUCUGAUU